GGUCGACGGGGCUUGGGCAAUGUUUUUGUGUGGGCAUCAGGCAACGGUGGUCGUAGGGGCGACUCCUGUGCCGCUGAUGGCUACGCUUCCAGCAUCUACACUCUCUCAGUCAGUAGUGUCAGCGAACACGACACCAAGCCCUGGUAUCUGGAGAAGUGUGCUUCUACAAUGGUCUCUACUUACAGCAGCGGGGGUCCAAUGGAACGUGGCAUAGUGAGUUUCGCCAAUGUAGUGAUAGAACUUACAUGUAAAGUCUGUUUAUAUUUCUUCUUGUAUAAAAGCUUGCUAUCCUUUGGUUUUAAUGACGACGUUCGUUGA